UUAUUUUUUAUAAAUAGACGUAUUUAUUUGACAUUUUAUAGAGUACAUCUUUUCACGUGAAGUUGUCAUAAUAUUUCUAACGAUGUGUCCCAUGUGCAACAGAACAAUGAAGAGAUUUAUCAUGUUUUUUUAUGCAUGUCCAAAGAUACAUGGAGUUUGGAAAUAUUUCAGCCAUAUAUUUGAUAUAAACAUGGUAAGGGGAGACUCAAUACGACAAUUGUUGAUUACCUGGUGGCUUGAGGCGGCAGUAGCUCCCUUCUUGAUGUUUUCAAACACAAUAUGCCUGGUAUUAUCCUCUGGCAUAUUUGGAAGAUUUAGGCUGAACUGAUUUGGGGGACGAGACGAACGGUACUUGCAGUUAACAAUUUGAUUUUCCAAAUAAAACACUAUACACAGUACUGGUCAAAUACUCUCAAAACAAUGAAGAACAAUCAGGGAUUUGAGUUGCUUCGAGAAGAAGAGCUACUUGAUCCGUGCUUCAGGAAACAACAGAGAAGAAUAAAAUUGAUAAAAUGGAUGAGGCCCCACACUAUUAAGCUAAAUAUUGAUGCUGCACAUAUACUUGGUUUCUCUUCAGGUGGGGCGCUGUUGAGAGAUGCUCAGGGUGAGAUGAUUUUUGCUAUCAGCUUCAGGAUCCUUGUUGAUUCACCUCUACAUGCCGUGAGAUGGGCUAUUUCGGUUUUGAGGUUGAAAUUGAUUCUCAGUGAGUUUUAUCUCUCAUCCAAGAACUUUUUUUUUGAAGGUGGAGAAAUUUCUUGAAAAAAAUAUUGUUAAAUUUUUUUCAUUUGUAAAUUUUCAAAAUCUAUUUUUUUUUAAUUUUUUUAUUAAUAAAGAAUUAUAUAUAUUAAUGGUCAAAGUUGUGUCUCGACAAGUGUGAAAUGUUGACCGUUACACUUAUUCAAGAACGGAGGAAGUACAAAUCAUCUUGGUCUCCCUUAUUUUCGCAUUUUUUAUCUCAACCGCUAAGGUUUGGUCCCCUUGAUGUAAUCCUCCCACCAACUCUUAAUAAAAUCUGGUAAAUGUUUCCUAUCAUUUACCCCACCGAUUUAGAUGGACCCUUACUGGGUUAAAAAAAGAUGACUUUAUUUAACUAUUUCCCACUUAAUUAAUGAUGGACUGAUUAUGGUUAAGCAUUCUAUAUAAAUGAAGGAGUUAUGAUCACUAGUUGAACACAUCAUUUCAUCUUUCUGUAUCUCAUCGCUAAAGAAAUAAUUUUCGACGGUGUGUAUCAAUUAGAAUGCACAAACUCUUGCCUCUGUUGCUUGUAUUUGAAAUAUUGUCUCCAAUGGAGUCAGAUAUGCUUCCACUCAAUUAUUUCUCAAUAUAAUCCAAUAUGAAGAUUAAAGACUUGAUGGAUUUAUACCUACAAUUGGCUUCAGAGUUUCUUUCAUAUUGAAUGGAAUAAGGGUAAUACGGAUUUUGCAUUUAUGCAAUUCGUUGCUAAUAUAUUG